ACUGUCCCUUUUAUCUCUUCAUCAACGCUUCAUUUUUGGUUAUUGUACCAUGUCUCCUGCAAUGGUGAUGGCAGCUAAAACAAAGCAGAAUGACAAUCUAGAAAGCCAAUACCAGAAAGGAGUGAAGCACCUAUGUGAAAAUGGCAUAAACAAAGUUCCCAAGAAAUACAUAUUACCCGUUUCCGAUCGACCCAAUAUGAAAGAUAGAGAGCUAAUUAAUGUCAACAAGCAAAAUCUUAAGUUGCCCAUCAUUGAUUUUGCAGAAUUGCAAGGUUCCAACCGGCCUCAAGUUCUUAAGUCUCUCGCUAAUGCUUGCGAACAAUAUGGUUUUUUCCAGUUGGUAAACCAUGGAAUUCCAAGCGAUGUUAUAAGCAGUAUGAUUGACGUGAGCACAAGGUUUUUCGAGCUCCCAUUUGAGGAAAGAGCCAAGUACAUGUCCUCGGACAUGCAAUCACCAGUUAGAUACGGAACUAGCUUUAACCAAAACAAAGACGAUGUGUUUUGUUGGAGAGACUUCUUGAAGCUUAUUUGUAAUCCCAUAUCAGAUGUUGUCCCUCAUUGGCCUUCUUCUCCCGUGGACUUGAGGAGAUUGGUGGCUACCUACGCAAAAGAAACCAAAUACUUGUUCCUAAUGAUCAUGGUGUCCAUAUUAGAAAGUUUAGGACUUGUGGGAACCACGGAGAACAAGACAGAAGAAGAUGACAUUUUAAAGGACUUUCAAGAUGGGAGCCAGCUAAUGGUUGUUAAUUGCUACCCUCCAUGUCCUGAACCCAAUCUAACCCUAGGAAUGCCACCUCACUCCGACUAUGGAUUCCUCACUCUUCUUCUCCAAGAUGAGGUUGAGGGUUUACAAAUACAACACCAAGACAAAUGGGUCACCGUCGAACCAAUCGCUAAUGCCUUUGUUGUCAACGUUGGUGAUCAUCUUGAGAUCUUUAGCAACGGGAAGUACAAGAGUGUUUUACAUAGAGUCUCGGUGAAUUCUAUGAAGUCUCGGAUAUCGGUGGCUUCUUUGCAUAGUCUUCCUUUCAAUUACAUGGUUGGGCCAUCGCCUAAACUCGUCAACGAAGAGAAUCCAAGGGGUUACAAGGACACUGACUUUUCUAGCUUUCUUGAGUACAUUUCAUCUUGUGAGCCCAAGAGGAAGAAUUUCUUGGAGUCGAGGAAACUAUGCUGA